AAAAAAAAGAAAAGAAAAAGAGAAGAAAUUCAUUUCCAUUUCCUUUUUCUUCACAAUUCUUCCUUCUUAUCCAAUCAGUUGAAUUUGUUAAUCUUGACCGCGUUCUUUUUUUUCGGAAGGGGGAGCGGGGGGGACUGUACUAAAGCUUCUGGUGUCACAGUGAUUUGAAUAUAUAUAUAUAUAUAUAUACAUAUAUAUUUUCUUCCCCCAUUGUUGUUUUCGGAUUUCCCCCGUUUGAAUUCGGGUGGGGCGGAAGAGUCAUGUUGGAGAACCGGUCCUGCGAGUCGUGUUUGGUGUUUGCAAGCUCUUGUCAAAAGGAAAACGAGUGGGCUUACAUGUACCAUGGGAAGCGUCCGGUGGAAUUGGAUGAAUCCGACGGUUGUUCUCGGGAAACCAAGAUGUCUAAGCUCUCUUCUGAUGAUUCCUCUGGCGACGAUAAUAAUAAUAAUAAUAAUAAUAACAACAACACGUCUUCCCCACAAGACUCGCGUGACCUCCUCUUGCCUGAUUCACGUGAGCAAUCCGACGAUGAUAGUCGGCAAUCUGAUUCUUCUUGGGAUUUGGAUUCGUCGCUUAGCCACCACCAUCCCAUUGGACUAGACAGAACAGAUUCGAAUAAGCAAUCAGAGGACGACAGCCUGUCAGAUUCUGUGGAGGACUCACCGGAGGAACAGUCUGAGGAAGAUGGUGACGAUAAUGGCUUUUCAGAUAAUCCUCAGGAGGAGGAGGAGGAGGAUGGUGACCAGAGACAUGCUGGUGAGGAUUUGGAUCAAUUAAUCCAACCAAUUGGGAGAGACAUCUCAAUCAGUUGUCUAAUUAAGUGCUCAAGGUCUGAUUAUGGUUCCAUUGCCUCAUUGAACCGGAGUUUUCGGUCCUUAAUUAGGAGUGGAGAUAUCUAUAGGUUGAGGAGGGAGACUGGUGUGGUUGAACAUUGGGUUUACUUUUCUUGUGACCUCUUCCAGUGGGAAGCAUUUGAUCCGAUUCGACUCAGGUGGAUGCAUUUGCCAAGGAUGCCUCCUAAUGAAUGUUUCAUUUACUCGGACAAGGAAUCCUUGGCUGUGGGAACUGAGUUGCUUGUAUUUGGAAAGGAGGUAACGUCUCAGGUUAUAUAUAGAUAUAGUAUUUUGACAAACUCAUGGACUUCGGGGACCAGUAUGAACGCUCCGAGGUGCUUGUUUGGAUCAGCUAGUCUUGGUGAGAUUGCGAUUUUAGCUGGUGGUUGUGAUUCUCAGGGAAAUAUCCUGAGCUCUGCUGAAAUGUACAAUUCUGAGACUCAGAGGUGGGAGACUCUCCCAAGCAUGAAUAAGCCAAGGAAGAUGUGUAGUGGAGUAUUUAUGGAUAAGAAAUUCUAUGUAAUUGGGGGAACUGGUGGAUUGGGAAAUGAUGCAAGGGUUCUCACUUGUGGUGAGGAGUAUGAUUUAGAGACAAGAAGGUGGACUGAAAUUCCUAACAUGUCUCCUGGAAGUAAUGCGGCGGCUGGUGAGGCUGAGAUGCCUGCAGCAACUGGGGCACCCCCUCUUGUUGCGGUAGUAAAUAAUGAACUGUAUGCUGCUGAUCAUGCUGACAUGGAGGUAAAAAAGUACGAUAAGGAGAGUAGAACAUGGUUGACUGUUGGAAGAUUGCCUGAAAGAGCAGUUUCAAUGAAUGGUUGGGGUCUUGCAUUCAGAGCAUGUGGAGAUCACCUUAUAGUGAUUGGUGGACCUAGGAAUUUGGGUGAAGGUUUUAUAGAGCUCAAUUCAUGGGUUCCAAGCGAAGGGCCACCGCAAUGGCACUUGCUAGCCAGAAAGCAAUCGGGUAACUUUGUGUAUAAUUGUGCUGUAAUGGGAUGCUGAGAGAUGACCUUUGGUGGCAUUGUGUGCAGUUGAAUGGUGUCGCACUGCCACUGGGGUUUACAUGAUUGGUUUCUCCUCCAACACAGAAUUCUUGCUAAUGGUAAUUUCCCCUUCUUUCUUUUUUAUAUCUUUUCCCUUUUGGAUGGGGGAGGAUGGGGAAGAGUUUCAGAUUUUACUCAAGAUUCAAUAGAAUGUUUUAUUGAUAGGACGUCUUGAGUUUUUAUUUCUUUUUCAAACUUCAUUCAAAAUUUCUUCCAUUAAAUUUGUGUCUUCCCCCGUUUUCAGUGACAUGAGAACUGCAAAGGUUGGUGUCAUGUAGCACAGGAAUAGGUUUAAUAAUUUGAAGUACCAACACAUUGGUAGGUUGCCAUUAGAGUUUGUUGAAGCUUUUUUAAGAACACAGAACUAGUCAUAUGGGUUUCUUCAUCCUUAAUUUUCUUGGAAUUGUCUUUAAGGGAGGAAAUAAGUUCUGGAGGUUGUUAUCUUGGAUGUUGGCUGAUGUACUGAUUACAUUGAUCAUUACAAUUGAUGGGCUAUAUAUUCCCAGAAUUUUUCUUAUGUACACUUUGGAAUUCUUUAUUGUUUUUAAUUUCUUUUGUUCAGCUGA